ACAAUUUGCUAUUUUUAGCAAAGAUAAAGUAAGUCAAAAGAAGAAAACAAAAUGUCACCCUCACCAUUGGAACAACAAACACAAUCUAAACAAAACUACAUCUCUCAAACGACCCAUACAUCGUCCUUGUUUCUAGACAUAACCAAGAACAAGAACGAAAAGAACAACAGCCUCUCUCUCUGUCUCUCUCUGUCUCUCUCUGUCUCUCCUGUCCUCAAUCCAUGGCUGCUGUUCUGAUUCCCGGCUUCUUCUUCCUUCUCUUCACAUGUUUCUCGAUCUCCCCUUCGUUGCAACACAUAAGCGAGGCGGAACCGCUUGUGCGGUUCAAGAACUCGGUGAAGAUAACCAAAGGGGAUCUAAAUUCAUGGAGACCAGGAACAGAUCCAUGCAGUGGGAAAUGGUUCGGGAUCUAUUGCCAAAAGGGUCUCACAGUCUCAGGCAUUCACGUCACGCGUCUCGGUCUCUCAGGAACCAUCAACGUCGACGAUCUAAAGGCUCUGGCGAAUCUAAAGACGGUCAGGCUCGACAACAACCUCCUCUCAGGUCCUCUCCCACAUUUCUUCAAACUCCGCGGCCUCAAAUCUAUCAUGCUCUCUAACAACACCUUCUCCGGAGAGAUCCCUGACGAUUUCUUUAAAGACAUGUCAAAGCUAAAGAGGCUGUUUCUUGAUCAUAACCAAUUCGUGGGGAAGAUCCCUUCCUCCAUCAUGCAGCUCCCUCAUUUAGAGGAGCUUCACCUUCAAGGUAAUAAGUUCUCGGGAGAGAUACCUCCGUUGAUCGAGACCAACAAGAACCUGAAAAGCCUCGACCUCUCAAACAACCAGCUCGAAGGAGAGGUUCCCGCGAGCCUCUCCGAUAGGAAAAAUCUUGUCAUGAAAUUGGAAGGGAACGAAUACUUGUGUGGCAAGGCGGUGAACGUUGGAUGUGAUGCUGUUGACCCAAAAGGAACGGGCGAGGAUAUUCCCUCGCCCUCCGAUGGACCAAGCAGGACCACGAUGAACGUGGUCCUCUUGGCCCUCACGUUUCUCACCAUGUGUUGUAUCGUUGUCGGAUUUAUAAAGAAGCGAAACAAGAAGAGAAACGCCGGUUUUCGCAAGCUCGACAAAGAGCGUCCUAGCGAUGUCGUGGAGGUCAAGGUACCCGAAUCCACGACGGUUAAAAGGUCUACCGAAUCAAGCAAGAAGCGUGGCGGAAACUCCGAAGGCGGUUCUACCAAGAAAGGCUCGUCUCAUAAUGGGAAAGGUGGGGGAGGAAGAGGAGGAGGCGGAGGGAUGGGUGAUAUCAUAAUGGUGAAUACGGACAAGGGCUCUUUCGGUUUGCCUGAUCUGAUGAAGGCUGCUGCGGAGGUGCUGGGAAACGGUAGUCUUGGAUCAGCUUACAAGGCGGUGAUGGCUAGUGGAUUAGCCGUCGUGGUGAAGAGGAUUAGGGAUAUGAAUAAACUCGCAAGUGAACCUUUUGAUGUGGAGAUGAGACGGUUGGGGAAACUCCGACACCCUAACGUUCUUGCACCUUUAGCCUAUCAUUACCGUCAAGAAGAGAAGCUUGUUGUCUCUGAGUAUAUGCCUAAGAGCAGCUUACUUUACGUUUUACACGGUGACCGUGGGAUACAUCAUUCCGAGCUAACUUGGGCGACAAGAUUGAAGAUCAUACAAGGAGUGGCGCAUGGGAUGCAGUUCUUGCACGAGGAGUUCGCGUCCUACGAGCUCCCACACGGUAACCUGAAAUCCAGCAAUGUUCUCCUCAGCGACGCCUACGAACCAAUGAUCAGUGACUACGCAUUCUUACCGUUUCUCCAGCCAAACAACGCACAGGCAAUGUUCGCUUACAAAACUCCCGAGUUUGCGCAGAACCAACAGGUUUCACACAAAUCAGACGUCUACUGCCUCGGGAUUAUAGUGCUAGAGAUCUUGACAGGGAAGUUUCCUUCUCAAUACUUAAACACCGGUAAAGGCGGGAUUGAUAUAGUUCAAUGGGUGCAAACUUCCAUCGCAGACCACAAAGAGGAAGAACUCAUCGAUCCGGAGAUAGUAAACAAUACUGAUUCGGUGCAGCAGAUGCUGGAAAUGUUGCGGAUUGGGGCGGCUUGCAUCGCAAGUAAUCCAGAUGAGAGACUUGACAUGAGGGAAGCUGUUAGAAGAAUAGAACAAGUGAAAAAAUGAUGAUGAGAUGCUUAGAAAUACAAACGUGGCCGGGACAGUUAGAUAUAAUACUAACGUGCAAGCAACCAGGAAAAAAAUAACUUGGGUAUGUAAAUAGGAAAGACGAUUUUCCUUUUUCCAGAUUGAAUUGUUCUUCAGAUCUCGGUAACAAAAACAUAUAUACAUAUAUACUUCUAUGUUCCUUGUUCCAUAAGUAAACAAUUGUUCAUUAGCAUGACAUAUUAUUUAGAUUUUCUCUUUUCUUCGAUCUAGCUAGUUUUCUCUUAUCGGACAAUGUUAUGUAAAACAUUUCAGCACUUAGCAUUUUCACUAAAAAGUUUUCAAGAAAAAAGCUAUCUGAACUAACACCAGAAUGUGGGCAAGAAAAAUCUGUACAAUUUGUGUUGUGGUAGUUUUUUUUUAAUUUGUGACGGAAAAUUUACCACUUACGAGUUUACAGCUACAAUGUUUGCUAUGGUUACUUUGCACAUAAAUUCAAGUAUACAUCUUACAUAUAUAUAUAUUUGUUCACGACAUCUUAUAUAUUAAAACAAGCAAUCAUAUAUAUGAAUGAACAUAUUCUUAAAGAGGAACAUAUUUAACAUUCAUACCAAAAAAAAAAAUAUUCUUAAAGAGGAACAUAUUGAUGGACCCAAAAGGCUUGAAUAUUGGGUAGUACUCAGUUCUAAUAAAAACAAAGACAUUAAAUUUUUGCAUGCAAGUCAAUUUUAAUGAAAGGACCACAAAGAAAUUAGGUUUUGUCUUGUAUUAGAUAAUAAUGGAAUUUUAUGGGCCCAACCACUCAGCAAUAUUGUCCCUCUUUUGGGCUUAUUCUCGUCGCUGGCUUCUUCCGUAUGUGUCAUUAUUUAUUUUAUUACAAUAUUUAUAUUUGAUAGUUUUCCCAUUUUCAAAAGUUGAUUGAUCAAUAAAUCACAUACAAACCAACACCGCAUCAACCUUUUUUUUUUUACAAUUAUACAACAUAAUUGAGCUUAAAUUAUUUGUAUAUCAUUUGAUUUUAUAUAGUUUUCACCGCUCCUUUUCUAUUGAUGCUAAUAUUCGCUUUAAUUAUUUGAUAUGAUGCUUGGAGCACUUAUAUACACCUUUCAAAACGUCCACUAAAAGAAAGGGACACACAAGAAUAAGCAAGAACCAAUUCGAACUUCAAAAUUAUUUUAAUAUGUUAAUUACCACAAAAUACCAAACAUAACAAUAAAAAACAAACAAGAGCAUUAGUCCAUUUCUUUUUUCUUUUUUUUUGAAAAACAAACAAGAGCAUUUUAGUCCAUUUCUCGCCAUGGUAACGAUCAAAAACUAGCUCUCUCUACUAUCAUUAA